GGCAGCAACCGGAGCCAGCAGGAAGCGAUGGACGAGCUAACCGUGGCGACUGCAGAGUGAAGUAGCUGCACGGGGGGGAAAAACCAAAAAAACUUUCAGGCGUCUUCCUCCCCCCCCCCCUCACCCAAAGCGAAACCUCCCGCUUGGUUUCCAUCCAGCUCAGGUCGGCAUAGUGCCAGUCUGGUGGCGGGGAAGCGAAGAAGGCAUCUCUCUCCAUGCCUGGAUCAGCCGCCGGGCAUUAGAAGGCGCGUCUCCUUGCCCUUUGGCCCCGAUCGUCCCGGGAGCGGAGAUCUCGGCUGGACCAUUGCCCAGGCCCUGCCAGUGAGUGAAGAAGAGGAGGAGUCUCCACUCAAGUCGCUUUGCUGCCGUUCCAGGUGCUUUCAGAACUGGACCUGAAGGUCCAGGCGAAGGUGUCUGCUCUGUAUUUUUGGAGGUGAACUAACUAUGGCUAGUGAAGAAAGACAGAGCUGUUCCUCUCCGUCAGCAGGGGAUAAUAAAGGAGGAGGCGGAGGAGGUGGUGGUCCUGGACAAGGAAAAGAUGGAAGCUUAGCUGAAAAGCAGUCUUUGAAUCCAGGCAUCCCUAUCCGGGGUAUCAGGAUGAAAUUCGCUGUGCUGACAGGAUUGGUGGAAGUUGGGGAAGUAUCCAACAGGGAUAUUGUAGAAACUGUGUUCAAUCUGCUUGUAGGUGGUCAUUUUGAUCUGGAAAUGAAUUUUAUUAUACAAGAAGGAGAAGGUAUUACAUGCAUGUUGGACUUAAUGGAUAAGUGUGAUGUCACUUGCCAGGCAGAGAUAUGGAGCAUGUUCACAGCCAUCCUGAAAAAAAGUAUCCGGAAUCUGCAGAUUUGCACAGAAGUAGGUCUCAUUGAGCAUGUGCUUCAGAGGAUUGAUAGAGCUGACAAUAUGAUUGCAGAUCUUUUAGUAGAUAUGCUUGGAGUAUUAGCAAGCUACAGUGUGACAGUUCGGGAAUUAAAGCUAUACUUUAGCAAACUUCAAGGAGACAGAGGGAAAUGGCCUCUGUAUGCUGGAAAGCUGUUGUCUGUGUUAAAAUAUAUGCCCCAGAAAUAUGGGCCUGAUGCCUUCUUCAAUUUCCCAGGAAAAAGUGCUGCAGCUAUUGCCUUACCUCCUAUAGCAAAGUGGCCGUACCAGAAUGGAUUUACCUUUCAUACUUGGUUAAGAAUGGAUCCUGUAAAUAAUAUCAAUGUAGACAAAGAUAAACCUUACUUAUAUUGUUUUAGAACAAGUAAAGGGCUUGGUUAUUCCGCUCAUUUUGUGGGAGGCUGUUUGGUUGUGACAUCAAUUAAGUCAAAAGGAAAAGGUUUCCAGCACUGUGUGAAAUUUGAUUUCAAGCCGCAAAAG